AUGGAGCUCGACGCUAUCCCUCGCUUGUCGUCCAACUCGUUCUUUGGGCCAUGGGACCGCGGGCUGCACGCGUACCUCGCCUCGCGCAACCUCGAAGCUUGGAUUACGCAGACGGCGCCACCGGAGCCCUACCGUCUGCCUCAAGACCUCGGGCCAGCGUCCAGAGAGGGUGGUCAUGGUGGCGACUCGACGGGGUUUGCAGGCAAGAGUGUACCGGCGGGCUACGAGAUUGACACCGACAACUCGUCGGCGACGCUCAGCGACGACCAGCGACGGGAGUGGAUAGCAUGGGCACGCAGCGAGCUCCUCACGCGACAAGCCAUUCUCAAGACACUGGACAGCGCCCUCGUUCUCGAGUUUGAGGCCUGCUGGUCCUCGCAAGAGCUGUACGCCGCCCUCCACCGCCGGUUCACCAACAACCGCGCACACCGGUCACUCGUCUGGCGUAUCAUGCGCAUGCGCCUUGCCGAUGGCGCACGCACCCCGGACGGUCUGCGCGCGCACCUCGCCGCGUUCCGCGACCUCGUCGGCGAGUUUGGCGCCAUCGGUCGUCCUCGCGACGAGGAGCAGGUGUGUGCGCACUUUGUCGCGUCGCUGCCCGACGACCUUGGGUGGCCGAUCGUGGCGGCCGUCCAGGCGCUGCCGCCACACCGACAGGGGUGGGCUGCGCUGUCUGCCUUUUACCUCGCGGCCGCGGCCGAGAUGGACGCCAUGCGCCGACCAGGUGCGUUCAAGCACAAGGCAAUGGGCACGACGGGAGAUGCAAGGCGAGGCAGCCGCGCACGCCGGUCGGUGGGGACGACGCAGCCGUGGCCGCCGCUCGAGCUGCAGCUGUCGAUAUCCCAAGCCCAAGCGCAGGGACAGGUCCGGGGCGGCGGCCCGUGGUUGAGCAAGCGGAGCACGAGCACGGCCAGCGCCGCCAGUGCCGCCAGCGCAGCGAGCGCAGCGAGCACGUCCAGCACGGCCUCGACGACCACGGGGCCCGUGUCGGCCACCCACACCACCCUCCCGACGCCCCCCAACACCGACACGCGCCAAGCCAGCCAAAGCCCUCCAGACGCCUCCAACGACGCCGCCGAGCUCAACGUAGUGUACUGCGGUGUCGUGACACCCGGGAAGGCAGGACUGAGAUCCUGCACACUACUCUGUGGAACUCGAAGGAGACUGCCAGCUGCCGGCUUUAGUGUCUCACGGGAUACACUAGAAUCACAGUCGGACACUCCUACUCUGCUUGCCCCCACCCCUCACCCUUUUGGUGCGACUGAGACCGGUACAUACGGACUCGAGGAACGGUGGGCCAGCAGGGCACCAGACAGGCAUGGAGGGCAGGGCAUGGGACGUUGGGACAGCAAGCGUGCAGUGCACGCUCUGGCGUUUGAUUUUGGGCAUGGUGCAGGCUAG